CUUCAGAAUUUUUGUUUAAUCUAACAAAUUUUGUAAAAUUUAAAAAAAAGUUUUGAAAGACAAGAAUUAGUCUUCAUUUGAAAAAUUUUUCAAUAAAUGGAAAACACAGUUUUCAUUCUUGCGAUAUUUUUAUACCAUGGUGUUAUUUUUACUGAAAGUGGUCGUCCAGAUUCAAGCGUCACGAUUACUAAAUUUAUAAUGAAUCAUGGUUACGCUGUUGAAGUUCAUAAUGUGAUAACUGAAGAUGGAUAUAUUUUGGAAAUUCAUCGAAUUCCUGGAAUAAUCCAUGAAAAAUUAAAUGUAACGAAAAAAGAAAAAGUUGCUCUAUUAAUGCACGGCCUUAUCGGGUCCUCUGCUACUUGGCUUGUUACAGGACCCAAUAUAUCAAUGGCGUUUAAUUUAGUUGAUAAGGGCUAUGAUGUCUGGUUAGGUAACAAUCGUGGAAAUACUUACAGUUCAAAACACGUAUCAAAAUUAGAAACAAGUUACGGAUUUUGGGACUUUAGCUGGCACGAGAUGGGAAUAUAUGACUUGCCAGCCACAAUCGAUUACGUUUUGAAUAAUACGAAUAAAAAAAAUCUUCAUUUGCUUUGUUUUUCUCAAGGGUGUACUCAAACUUUUGUUAUGGGGUCUUUAAAACCCGAAUAUAAUAAAAAAAUAAAAAUUGUAGUAGCUUUGUCUCCAGGUGCUUACAUGACACAUUUAUCAGGUUUAUUAAGAUUUAUUACACCUUUCACUUAUAUGCUUAUGAGUAUAUCAGAAGAAGUAGGAUAUUUUCCAGUUCUUCCAGCUUCACCGAUACUUACAAUUUUUACAAGCAAUUUUUGCAAAUUAGGAAGUAUAUUUCAACCUGUUUGCAUUUUUAUUAUAUUUGCAGUCGUUGGCUUUGGUAAUGAAGAAGUAUAUCAGGAUAAACUCGACCUCAUUCUCAAAUUUGAACCUGCUGGAAGUUCAUUCAAACAAGUGUGUCAUUUUGGAUUUGGACAAUAUCAUCCUGGAACUUUUCGACAAUAUUAUUAUGGCUCGAAAAAAAACUUAGAAUUGUAUAAUUCAACAACCCCGCCGGAUUAUCCCUUGGAAAAAAUUAAUUUUCCUAUUGCCAUCUAUCAUGGGUCAGGUGAUUAUUUAGCGACACCAGAGGAUAUAGCUGCACUUGUAAAAAAGCUUCCAAAUGUAGUUGAACAUUAUCUCGUCCCUGGAGAGAAAUUGAAUCAUUAUGAUUUAGUGUUUGGUCGAAAUAUUAGACAACUUGUUUACGAUCGCGCCCUGGCAUUGAUGGAAAAAUAUAAUUAACAAGAUUAAGAGCAGAAAGUAGUUUAUAGACUUUAAAAUAUUGAAAGAAUUAUCUACAUUA